AUUGCAAAUAUAAGCCAUUGUUAGGUGUGAAACUCUUAGGUAUAUAAGCAAAAAGGGAUUAUUUUCAUUGUAACAUAACGUACGACGCAGCAAUUUUUAAAGUACGAGAAUAUCAGCAAGUGAAUGUCAUUUAAUACGCUGAAGGGCUACCGUUGUUUUUAAAGAAGAUUAAAUAAUGAUAAUAAUAAUAAUAAUACUCCUGUUUAACAUUAUAUUUCCAAACGUUUCCCGAGAAACACGGCGUAAGCUUUUCAUACGUACGAAUUGAAUGCUAAAGAAUUCGUGUGGGUGAAAACAUAUUCAUUUUUGACAGAUGUAAGGCUGGUAAACUUUAAUUUAGGGUAUUAUAAUUGGUUGCGGUAAUAAUGUGUUUAUAAAAUGCCCCGUCGUCCGCCCUCUGCCAUCCGCGUCCGCUUUUUAUCUACAAGUUUGAUAUUUUUUGUGCUCGUAAGAGUUUGAUAUUUUUUGUGUGCGUAAAAAUCUGCUAUUUUUUGUGUACGUAAAACUCAGUUGAUAUUUUUUGUGUGCGUGAAAUUUGAUAUUUUUUGUGUGCGUGAAAUUUGAUAUUUUUGUGUGCGUGAAAUUUGAUAUUUUUUGUGUGCGUGAAAAUUUGAUAUUUUGAUUACGGAUUUUAAUAUUUAAUGCAUGCGUUUAUAUAUUUGUUACAGAUGUUUUGAUAUAAAUUGUCUAUGACUUUGGUAUAACGUUUGGCGAUUUGAUAUUAUUUGGGACGUUUCAUCGUUGUAUUGCGAGUUUUGGCAUUUUAAUAUUGGCUUUGAUAUUAUAUUCAAAACUUUCAUAAUAUUGUCCGUAACGGAACGCCAUUGAAAACGGAUUCCGUUGCACCCCUUGUGUAACAGCAUAAUUUUUACAUGAAUAAAUAGAUAAAAACUUUCUUUAUCAGAAUCCGUUGCUCCCCAAGCGAAAUAGGUGCACAAUUGGGAGAAAAAUCCCUCCAAAGUUUGAUAUUUUCGCGCUUCGCAUGAUGACAUAUUUAACUUUAACUUCAUUACUAUAGAUGAAGUAAUUGAUGCGCUAAAUCUCAUUCAGUCAAAAAAUCUUCAGGACUGGAUGGAAUUAGUGCAAGACUGUUAAAAGACGGAACACACAAUAUUGCUGGGCCAUUGGUUGAUAUUUUCAAGCUGUCAUUACGGACCGCUAUAUUCCCUGACGACUGGAAGUUAGCAAAAGUAACACCAGUCUUCAAGGACGGUAAUAGGAAUGACUGUGGAAAUUACAGACCAAUUUCUGUAAUCUCCGUUGUUGCUAAUUGGCAAUAGGCAUAUCAACAGCUAAAAUCCUUUAUGACAAUAAACAACGUUCUUGUGGACCAGCAGUCGGGUUUCCGUUUUCAACAUUCCACGGAAACUACGUACUCUGCUUAGUUCUACAAAUGAAUGGUUGUAUAAUAUGGAUAGGGGCCUCUUUACUGGAGUCCUAUUCUUGGAUCUUAAAAAGGCAUUUGAUACUGUUGAUCAUUCAAUUCUAUUAGCUAAAUUAGAAAAGUAUGGCAUCCAAGGGAGAAGCCUUGAAUGGUUUAAAUCGUACCUCAAGGACAGAAAGCAGGUUUGUUCAAUUAAUGAUAAGAAAUCGUCUGCAAAUGAUAUUAAAUGUGGGGUUCCACAGGGAUCGAAUCUUGGUCCCAUCCUCUUUCCUCUUUAUAUUAAUGUCGAUCUCCCAAACAGUUUGAAAAUGUCAUAACCUUCAAUGUUUGCUGACGAUGCAAAUUGUAACCUGUGUUGGACAAAGCUCGAGUGAAAUUGAAAACAAACUUAAUGAAGAGCUUAAGAAUGUCCACCAAUGGCUAACAGCAAAUAAACUUACUUUAAACGAUGAGAAAACCAAGUUCAUGCUCAUCGGCUCAGGAUCACGUCUUGCCUGUGUCCAUAAUAGCCCAAUAUUGAAACUAGGACACAGACAUAUAAAGCGUGUACACUAUAAAAAGUCACUAGGUAUGGUCCUCGAUGAGCAGUUGAAGUGGAACAAACACAAUGAAGUUCAAUGCAAAAAAAUUUCCAAUAUAUAGCUCUGCUAAAAAGAGCUAGACCUUUCGUUCCUAGACACACAUUAAUUAAAAUGUAUAAUGCCUUUGUUUUGCCUCACUUUAAUUACUGCUCUACAAUAUGGAACGAUGGAUCAUGUACUAUAAUUAAUACAUGAACUUUCAAAAUUACAAAGGAGAGCUGCGCGUGUAAUUACUUCAAGUACAUACGAUAUUCGUUCCUCCCAAAUCUUGAAAGACCUUAAUUGGAAACCAAUUGAAGAUGACUUAAAAAAUAGGGAAACUGUUAUGACAUUCAAAGUUUUAACCGGGCAAGGACCGAAUUAUUUACAGCAAUUAUUUACUGAGUGCAACAACGAUAAUUACAGUCUAAAAAGUAAUAACACCAAAUUGGCAUUCCCAAAACCAAGGACCAGUUUCUUAAAAAGAAGAUUCUCAUAUAUAACGAAUUAUCUAAUGAUAUAACUGAAGAUUUCUGCGAGCUAUCAGUCAACGCUUUCAAACGGCGACUUGAUAAAACCGCUUAAUUGGUUGGAUCAUUUGAUUAUACAUUAAUUAUACCUUAAUUUAGUAUUGUAUCAUAGUAAAUAGGAUUUCGUUUUUAUUACACGGCCCUUUGAAAACCAGUACCUCUUGUAAAUAUAAAGUUAGUUUUUAAUAGUUACUGAAUAGGCUACCGUGUGUAAAGAUUUUGAUUAAUAAUAAUAAUAAUUCGACCGCCAUUGUUUUGAUAGCAAAUACGCAUGCGCAACUCAGCCAAACUCGCACUGCGCACCCGCACAACCAACGCACAUGCUUCGAAGUGGAAACACGUUCAGUUAUGCAAAUAAAUCAUGGCUGAAGAUAUUUAUAAAAGUCGAAUAUCCUCAUGUUUUAUGCAUUUUGAUGGCGUUACGGAGCAAAGUUACACGCCAAAGGCUUAAGAAAUUUCUUGAGUGUAGGUCAAAAUGGGCCAAACUUAAAUGUCAACAAACUGAAAUAGCUAAGAAAUCGUACGAGAACAUCGAUGACGGAUCUGUAAUUCAUACAUGGAGAAGAACCCUGACACCAUUAACUUAGAGUGGUACCAUCAUAUGAAAUGCUGGAAGAGAUUUUGUGAUGAAGAGAAGUCCGUAGAAGUCAAUCAGUCGCAGAAGCUAUAAAUAAGGCCUUGCCUAAAAGAAACGCGCAUGUACUCCCAGAGAUAUGUAUUAUUUGUGGAAGAGACGCCUCGUGGUUCUCACUAGAUAAGGUAUGGUCAUUUUGAUAGGUAUAAUAAUAAAAUUCUCGGGUUUGGUUUCCACAACAUUCACGAGUUUGAUUUUAAAAUAUAUUGAAUUGUGAUCAAUUAAGUUUAUUUAGGGUAAAGUAGUUUCUAUGCUACAAACAUCCAACCUUGUUAUUAGCAGAUAUUUAGUCUAAUAAUUUUGUUUCACACCAGGUAACUAAGAAUAGAAGAAGAACCCCACUCAUGUUGGCAGAAACAAUUGAUGCUGGUCUUCUACGUAGAGCUGCUGAGAGAAAAAAUGAUGAACGGAUGUGCAAAUCUGGGGGAAAGACUGUGUAGCUCUGGAAGUCCGCCAUCACAAAGUUUGCUACUGCAAUUAUACAAUAUUUCUCACCAGAGAGACGAAGAAGUAAUCGGAGACUGAAAGAUCUACAUCGGUGUACGAGAAGUUUUAUGACGAAUUCUGAAUAGGAAAGUAAUCGAGACGGAAGUCAUCGGAAAUAAGCAAAUAAGUAUAUGAAAGAUUUGCUGGAGAAGUUUGUUAUCAUUGCUGAGAAUGUGGACGCAUAUAAAUACUGUAGCCGAGCUUUUUAACUCAAGCAACAACUGAUGAAAAGUUAUCUCCAACUUGUGUUCUGUGUACCGAAAAUGAGAAAUGUUAUAGUGAGAUUGUAUAUGUGGAAAAUUUGGAUUCUUCUGAAUUGGUUGAGGAUCAUACAGUAUGUCAAUUAAGUCUGAAAACAACGAUGAUGAAGAGAGCCGUACCAUUGAUGAUGAUGAUGUGAAUUUCAACACAAACACUGAGGGAAAUUCUAAAGUCAAUGAGUUACAAAUUCUAUACAAUGCUGCAUUGAUCCUUCGCCAAAAGGUGCAAGAAAUACAAAAACUGAAUCUUCCUUGGCCAUCAUUGGCAUCUGAUUUGACAAUGGAUAAUAUUUCAAAUCCGACUAUGUGGACUACACAAGAUUUCAAGUUCGCGCAAUUUGAUCACGUCCGAGGGGAAGCAGCAACUGGACUGCAGUCCAAAUUGGAGAAUUUGAAAUGGCAUCUCAUACGAAUAAAUCACUGCUUAAUUAAUUUUGAUCCAGUCCAAGGACUGAAUUAAUUUUAAUCCAGUCCUAGGACACUACAGCAUCAAUAUACUUCAGUGAGAAAAAUAACGCAAUAUGUGAGCAAAAUAACGCAAUAUGGUUGGCUAAUUUUCUCAUGAAUUAUUAAUGAUUUGAGGUGAACAAUGAGGUGUCAAUUAUUUACUUAUUCGAUAUUCUCAUUCGGAUCCACAGUAUUUAUAUUAUCAACACGUAUAUCCCUCUCAUGGACAGGGUUAACAGUAUGGUCAUCUCUGAGAAGCUGAAAGCAUCCGGAUGAAGGAGCUGAAACACACAGCAGCAAAUCUAUAAGGAAAUGUCAACUGGUGUGGACACGAAAAAACCAGGUUGAAUCGUUCCUUGUUAUUCGAGAUAGUGGCUAAAUACCAACUUAUGUCACAAUAUAAAUAAAAUAUAUGUAAUAGUUCAAAUAUGAGAAGUAGAACUUUACCAGACAAAAGCCAGGACAGCUUAUUGCAGAAUACAUGAAUCUCGUUUUGAGCGUGUAAGCCUUGGCCAGGAUCCAAUAAGUGGGAUUUUAUUGCUCUGAUGAAAAUCUGGGUUCAAAGAUGAAAACAUUUCUUUCAAUUAUAGAUAGUUAUAAUGAAAUUAUGGAUUUUAUAUUUCCUCCCAAUUUAUCUUUUUUUAUGAUGAAUUUCGAGUUGGUGCCUGGGACAUGUUUCUUUCACAGUUCAAGGUCCUUCACUGGUGAAGUCCGGCUUCGUCAGUUGGAACAGAUGGUUGGAAAAUAUGGUUGGAGCGAAUGGAAAAGUUGGUCCAAUCCAGGAUUGGUAUCCAUAGAGUAUACUAAACGAUGGUAGAACGCACAGUUUAAGAAUCGCCAAACAUCUUGCAUAUAGUUAUUCAAUAAUACAUUAAAAAUUCAAUCAGAGGUUUUCCUAGGAGUUUAUAUAAAUAAACCUUAAAGCCCGGGAGGAACUGGGAAACACUGUUGUCAUAUUAUUAUGACAUGGAACUUAACCUAAAGUCAACAAUUUUUCUCAAAUAUGUACUGCAACUAUGUGGGGGAGAAAAUUGCAAUUCACAAACUGAAUUAUCCAACUUGCAGACGGAAUUAUCUGACACAGGAAAAGGAAGUGUUUGCCAUUAUGUGAAAUAUAGAUUUAAAGAAGCGUUUAUAUUGUAUUGGGCAGAGCAGUUUCAACCUGUUGAAAAUACUGGCAAGCUAAGAACUCUUAGGAAAAUAAAAAAAAAUUUGAAUGUGAAAAAUACUUAAACGAAAUUAGCAAUUUCAAAAACCGUCAAGAUAUCACAAAGUUAAGAAUAUCAGCACAUAAGCUAACUGUUGAAACUGGUAGAUACAACAAUGUGCCAUACAAUGAUAGACUAGGCAGACUUUGUGAGUUAAAUGAAGUAGGAGAUGAACAUAAUUUUUGAAUGUCCUGUACAAACAUGAAGUUCAUCGACCACAGGACAAAAUUCAUUGAUAAUUUAUAUCAAAUAAAUUCGACGUUUUGGCUACUUUUGAUAGCCUGGUCUACCGUACACUUACGUGUGCGUGUGUGUGUGUGUGUAUGUAUGUGUAUUUAUAUUUAUCAACCUUGUUCAUAUAUUUAUAUAUUAAUAUUUAUGUUAUUGUUAUAGAUUGUAAUGACUUAUUUAGUCAUUACUUACUUUCCAAUCUUUCGGUAUGUCAUAUUGUCUUGUCAGCGUCGGCAAACGGGUAAAGAGUGUUUCAUCAAAUGCUUCUGAAUUUGGUAGGAAAUAGUUUGCUUUCUGGGAAGCAAAUUUUGCUUCUGCAAUAAAAGCCAAUUAAAAAUCACGAAUAUUUCCGCGACAUUGUUUCUUACGUUUGGCCAAGGCUUUAAGUUUAGCGAAAUAUUUCAUUUGUUCUUUGAUCGUGUGAAUUGUAUGUAUAUAUUUAAUAUUUUUUAUUCUCCGUCCUGUUUGAUACAGGUGGUUUUUUACCUCACACAAAUUUGUAUUGAAUUAGGAUGUUAAUAUAAAGUAGAAUUAAACGUUAAAACGGUAUUUUGAAACAAUAAUAAUAAUGGAAACUUUAAUAAUUUUGUUAUAUACUAUAUAUAUAUAUAUACAAUUGUAAAUCUCACUAAUUUAAGGUAACUUACAAUGGACCUUUAACCCUAUAGCUCCCGGGGCCGCAAUGCAUCUGGGAGUUGGGUAUCUUUUGCAUUCUUGUUCGAAAUGGUCGCCAUGUUGCGAAAAUUUUAUUGAGUGUCAGAAUUCAAUAUUUUCACUUGUUUACGUGUGGCAAAUAACCGCCUCAACGACGUAUUUUUGACGGGGUACUUUCGACGACAUUUGUGGAAAAAAUGAGCGAAAUCGCCGCAGUGAUGGCCAAGAAAAGGCAUUUCAUAUCGAUCGAAGGAGUGGGCAUAUUUCGAGAAAAACAUUCUCUUCGCAACGUCUCCUGUCCUGUUUUGAGGUGAGUGUCCUUCUGCAUGAUAUUUUAGCUAAUUCUUUUAGUCUGUGGCUAUUUCAGGGUGUUUUUUCUACCCCUAUUUCGUAUUAGUUGUACUCUUAAACGUCUGAUCUUGUAGCCCUGAGAGGUUACUUUGAUACAUAUUUGAACGAUUGUUUUCGAAAUUAACAUGGCCGACUGGCCUUUAAACUUGAGCAGUUUUGGCGCGAAAAUGAGCCGCUUGAAUUCUGUUUUGUUUAAAAUACACUAAAGUCAUACUUGCUGGAUAUUUUGCUGCUGUUUUUGGUUCUGUUUAUCCUUCGAGGCUGCUCUGGUUUUUGUCUUCCUAAAGCUCGUUGGUAUCACUUGAAAUAAUAUCAAUACUAAGUAAUUUUUAGCCUGUACUAAACCAUAAAUUUCCUAUCUAAAAAUUAAGUUUCGUAUUGUUAAAUUGUUUAUUCAUUUAGUAGGGCUAUAGGUAAUACAAUUUAGCUUUAACAAAUUGUUUUUAAUAAAUGUAAUUUAGAAAUAAAUUUUAAAAUAUCAUAUUUGUAAAUAUUGUAUAUAAAUUUAUAAAUAUUUUAGUGUUAGUUAAAUUUUAUUAAAUAUAAUCAGUUCUAAAUUAAUAAACUAGUAAGUAUAAAUGGAAGACAAUCCUUGCACCUCAAUGGAUGCAGACCAAUGCACAGAGUUUCUGGAACAAAAAAAAAUAAAGAAAACUUGUGGAGGGAAAAACUGUUGUGUUCUACAGUGUGGAACACUACGAAAUCCUGAGCUUUUGUUUUAGUCAAUACCUAAGGAUGAGAAACUAAAAAAGAAAUGGCAUAAAGUUUUAAAAACAAAGGGGUUGUUGGAAAUAAAGCAUUAUUACAGGGUGUGCUCAGCACAUUUUCCUGACGGAAAAAAGAAGUACAUUAACAAUGGUCCAACCAUAUUUACGAACUGUGGAAGUAAUCAACCAAGAGAGAGAGUGUUGCGAAAGCCUGAUAGCCACUUACCAGAUGAGCCUCACGACACUUCUUUCGAGGAUAUUUUUGAAUGCAGCAAUAUGAUAACACCUAAAGAUAACAUGGCAACUGAAGAUAACAUGGCAACUGUAGAUAACAUGGCAACUGAAGAUAACAUGGCAACUGUAGAUAACAUGGCAACUGAAAACACAAACAUUAGUUCUUUGACAGAUGAGCUAACUACUUCUAACUUUAGUCAACAUGGCAAUACAACAUCAGAGCAUGACAUGCUAACUGAGAAUGCUGAAUUAAAAGAGCAAGUUAAACAACUCGAAUCCAAAUGUACAUCCCUUGAAAAAGAUCUUGAGGCUUAUAAAAUGUCAUCACAGCAAUACGUAUUUCGAUUGGAAAGAUUUAUUGGGAAUGAUAGUGAUUUUCGAUUUUAUACCAGUUUCCCAGAUUAUGCAACAUUCAAAAUUUUUUUGAUUACUUGUCACCAGCAUGCACUAGUUUGAUUUACUAUGGGUCAAAUACUGGUAAAAUAACCACAGCUAAACAGAAAAAGUGUGGCAAAAAAAGGUCCACCUCACCAGAGCAAGAGCUAUUUAUGGUGUUGGCUAGAUUGCGUUGUGGUUUCCUGCAACAAGAUCUAGCACACAGAUUUGCAUGGCAUAUCGUGUAUGCAUGUAUCCCGAAUUUGGAUUACUUGGCUGACAUUUCUUAAUCAGCGACUACGUGCACUCCCUAUUUGGCCCACAAGAGAAUGCAUUGAUAAAAACAUGCCUUUGUGUUUCAAGGAAAACUUUCCACAAACUAGAGUCAUUAUCGAUUGUACAGAAAUAAUGAUUGAAAUAUUGUCAUCAUGCAGGAGCCAAUCUGCCACUCUUUCGUCAUACAAAAACCAUAAUACUGCGAAAUGUUUGCUUGGUGUGUCCCUAAAUGGGUACCCUAGUUUUGUCUCCAGUUUGUAUGCUGGUCGAACCAGUGACAAAAAACUAACAAAGGACUGUGGGAUCCUUAAUCUGCUUGAGCCGGGUGAUCAAGUUAUGGCCGACCGGGGUUUUGACAUUGAGGAUGACCUCCCCGCUAACACAACCUUAAACAUCCCUCCUUUUUUAAAUGGCAAAGAUCAACUUAGCCUUGAAGAGGAAGUCAGAACAAGAAAGAUUGCUUCUGUUAGGGUGCAUGUGGAGAGAGCUAUCGCACGAAUAAAAAAUUUUAGGAUUCUUCACCAAGUUGUGCCGAUCACAAUUGCUAAGGACCUAGACAAAAUCUGGACUGUUUGUUCAUACUUAACGUUGUUCUUGCCUCCUAUAAUUGUUGAAAAAACAAACACAGAUUAAAGACAUACUGUUAUUGGUUAUUGUAUGUGAGUGUGACAGUAACAUCAAAAAUACUUUAAUUUUAGGGUGGUACACAUUCUAUAAGUUUCAAAUUUUAUAUGUAUAAUAGCACAUAUCAGUGAAGUUUAAACUUAAUUAAGCAUGUUCCACCACUGUUACUCUGUUAAUUACAGUGUUAUUAGAAUAAGUAAAUUAUUGUGAAAGUCAGGUUAACAACUAAGUCUAAGUAGACUUUAACUUUGGUAACACAUAUUCAAAAUAAAAACUUGUUAACUCUGGGACCAUUGUUUUUUCCCAUAAGGAACUAUUAAAUUUUAUUCUUUCAAUAAACAAAUCUUUCUUUGUAUAAACAACAAAAUCACACCACUGUAAUUGUAGUGUAGCCAUUGAACCCUGAAUCUGAUAAAAGUAUGCAUGGUUUCGUUUGAGCAUGAUCUUAUCUUCUGUAGCACUAAGAAAAAAACUGUGAUCUUCGCAAGCUUCUUUAAUAGUAUUCUCUCGUUUCGAAAACGGACAUUUGACUUCACCAAGUCCGAGAGAGCAUGUUUGUUCAUUUGAAUCAUUCACAAGAAAAUCUGGGCUUGCACCCAGCCAAGGAAAACUUGGGUUGACAAUAAAACCACAUGCCGAGCACACAUCAACUGAAUUGCCUUCUUCCUGCUUGCACUCCAUGUAUUUUCUUAUAGCUUCCAGUUCAUUAUCUUUGCCCCAUUUGCAAGGUUUUGGACAAACCUUUUUUGGACUACAAUGUAGUGUUUUCAUUAAGGACUUUGGAUAUAUAUUUUUCCGUCUUUUAAGAAUUGUCCCAAAAUUUGAAGUUGUAAUUCUUUGCCUUCUCUCCUCAAACCACCUAUCACAAUCUGACUGACUUCUGCUAUUCCUUUCAAUUUCUCUCAACUUCUCAUCACUUACACUCAAACCUCCCACAAACUCCACAUUGUCCCCAUCAACAUAGGACCAAUUAACACCAUGGUGACAAUAUGCUCUAACACUUCUUCCCUUACUUUAUUAUCAUUAAUAUUAUUUUCAGUUUCCAUUAGCUCUACAUGUUGUUUUUUUGAUGGAAGACUUUGGUGAAUUUGGUCAAAAUUGUAUGGUUGGUAAUCAUUUGAUUCUAGCACAAGUCUGAGAUAUUCAGCUUUACCUUGUUGUUCUAAAUUGUGUGCAAAUUUUUUUACUUUAUCUUGUGUUAUGUUUCUGGCAAAUUGUGGUGUGGGAUUAAAGUUAUCUGCUUUGCUUUUUCCAUCACUGCGCUUUCUGCCCUUUGCAUCUUUUUCAUAGCAUGCCUUUUCAAAUGUCACAUCCUCAUAUAAAACAGGCUUGUCAACCUUGUCACCUCCAGGCACAUGCCACUGCUGUAAGACUUGUGUGCACGUCAAAUCGUCUGGCACCUCUGUUAGUUCCAACUCAAUAUAAUCAAGAAUUUGAAAGAGAACAGCAGCAACAUGCUUACAACAGCCUCCCUUGCCAGCCUUACAAGUACAACUACCAUGUGUAACUUCACCAGUGUUCUGAUUUAGAUGAACAUAAACAAUAUAUAUUUGUUUCUUCAUUGAUGCAUUGACACAAGCUUUUACCAAGAAGUGAGUUUCGCUACCUUUCAAAACAUCAGCUUUAACUUCGACUCUGUUUACAUAUCUAUCCUUAAACAAGCGAUAUCCCAGUUUCUUGUGUCUGCUAGCAUCAUUUCCCCCUUCAACUCCCAAGUGCUGUCGUAGCAAGGCAAGGCUAAAUUUUGGCAGUGACCGUAGGUCUUUGGUCCAUCUUUGCAUUUCUAUUUGCUCUGUGCAUUGGUCUGCAUCCAUUGAGGUGCAAGGAUUGUCUUCCAUUUAUACUUACUAGUUUAUUAAUUUAGAACUGAUUAUAUUUAAUAAAAUUUAACUAACACUAAAAUAUUUAUAAUUUUAUAUACAAUAUUUACAAAUAUGAUAUUUUAAAAUUUAUUUCUAAAUUAUAUUUAUUAAAAACAAUUUGUUAAAGCUAAAUUAUAUUACCUAUAGCCCUACUAAAUGAAUAAACAAUUUAACAAUACGAAACAUAAUUUUUAGAUAGGAAAUUUAUGGUUUAGUACAGGCUAAAAAUUACUUAGUAUUGAUAUUAUUUCAAGUGAUACCAACGAGCUUUAGGAAGACAAAAACCAGAGCAGCCUCGAAGGAUAAACAGAACCAAAAACAGCAGCAAAAUAUCCAGCAAGUAUGACUUUAGUGUAUUUUAAACAAAACAGAAUUCAAGCGGCUCAUUUUCGCGCCAAAACUGCUCAAGUUUAAAGGCCAGUCGGCCAUGUUAAUUUCGAAAACAAUCGUUCAAAUAUGUAUCAAAGUAAACCUCUCAGGGCUACAAGAUCAGACGUUUAAGAGUACAACUAAUACGAAAUAGGGGUAGAAAAAACACCCUGAAAUAGCCACAGACUAAAAGAAUUAGCUAAAAUAUCAUGCAGAAGGACACUUACCUCAAAACAGGACAGGAGACGUUGCGAAGAGAAUGUUUUUCUCGAAAUAUGCCCACUCCUUCGAUCGAUAUAAAAUGCCUUUUCUUGGCCAUCACUGCGGCGAUUUCGCUCAUUUUUUCCACAAAUGUCGUCGAAAGUAACCCCGUCAAAAAUACGUCGUUGAGGCGGUUAUUUGCCACACGUGAACAAGUGAAAAUAUUGAAUUCUGACACUUAAUAAAAUUUUCGCAACAUGGCGACCAUUUCGAACAAGAAUGCAAAAGAUACCCAACUCCCACAUGCAUUGCGGCCCCGCGAGCUAUAAGGUUAAAGGUCCAUUGGCUAUUUGAAUCACAACUAUAUGAACUAAUAAAAAUGAUAAGACAGAAUACAUGAAAAUAUAUAAAUAUACAAGACAAUCAGAUAUUUCAAAUAGUUAACAAGUCCGGACUUUCCCAUUCCUUAUUUCGGCAGCAAAAAAUAUAGUAUGUACUUCGAAUGGCAAUAGUCAUCAUUUUCCUAACACAGUACGUUUGGUAGUUUUUGUCCAUAAUAAUAAUAAUAAUAAUAAUAAUAAUAAUAAUAAUAAUAAUAAUAAUAAUAAUAAUAAUAAUAAUAAUAAUAAUAAUAAUAAUAAUAAUAAUAAUAAUAAUAAUAAUAAUAUAACAAAGUAAUUAUAAGAUAACAAAGUAUACAAUACAUACAACGGAGUACAUAAUACGACACAAGAAGUAUUACAAUACGUAGUAUGUUGUACAUUACAGUAUUUAACAAUUGACAUUACUUAUACACAGUAAAAUACAGCAUAGUUAUACGCAUAAUGUCAACAGAGUUUACGACGUGUCACUAAUUCUGUUUUUGACUAAUGUUUUGAAGUACUCGGAGGAGGUUCUGCAAUAAUCUUUAAAUGCAUCGCAGUUUCGAAUUUCUUCAGGUAAGGAAUUGAACACUCGAGCUGCUUCAUCUUGGAAGGUCCAGAGAUAAUAGGGACUACUAGACGCCGGGCAGAUGAUGAUCGUAAUGGUCCUAUAGGAAUAUAUUCCUCUAAUUUUAAGUAUUGAAGGCCAGUCAUCACAAUUCAUUGUUUUGUAUGCUAAUUUGGCAAGAUGAUAAUUCCUACGUUCCAAAAUUGGAAGCCAACCGAGAGACAUGACAUCAGUGAAUCUAGCAAAGCCAGCAGCAGCGAACUGUACUCGUUGUAAGCGUUUUAAUAGGUAUUCUGGUGCUGGACUAGACACGACAUCGUUGUAAUCAAUUUUUGAUAGCACCAGACACUCCGCGAGUUGCUUCCGAAUUUUAAAUGGUGCCAAAUAUUUCAAUUUUCUCAAGACGGAUAAUGUAGCGUAACAACUUGAGGAUAUUUUUGUUUAUAUCAUUCCAUUUUAAAUUUUGAUGCAAUGUAGUACCAAGAAGAGCCGCACAUUUAAUUUUUUUAAAGGUGAUCUACAGUCCGUAUGUAAACAAAGCCUUUGUUCACAUUUUUGUGUCCAAAAUAUUGAGCUUUAUUCGACGACUAUUUAUAUUUUCAAGCUUCUAGAGUAUAAUAAAUGAUCAAGAAACAACAAUUAGGCUUUUCAAGAACUCAAAACAUAGUUAAACUGUUUGUAUCAUAAAAAGUGGGCUCAUUUGUGCACAUGCGCAGAUCGGACUGUAGAUCACCUUUAAGUUCAGUUCCAUUAGCAUGAAGAUGAACAGAGCGAUCUUCAUCAAGUUGGUGCACACGAGAGAGUUGACUAGUCGAGAAAAGCAUGACUUUUGUCUUAUUGGGGUUAAGAACAAGGUUAUUAGAAUUUUCUCUUCAUUGAAUUUUCUCUUCACAUGACUUUAUGUCAGCUGGCUUACAAUGUGCAUAGAUGGUAGUUUCAUCGGCAUACUGAUGUGAAGAUAUAGAGUCGUCAAAGUUUUCAGAGAGAUCAUUGACAUAUAGGUUGAAGAGUACAGGACCAAGUAUAGACCCUUGUGGAACUCCAAAACAAAACAAACUUGAACAAACUGUCGUCGACCAGUCAGAUAGCUUGUGACCCAUUUGUGAUACUCUUUGGAGAAACCUUGUGAAUGGAGUUUUCUUAAGAUGGUAGAAUACGACACAGUAUCGAACGCUUUCGAGAAAUCUGCGAGAACAGCUAUUGUGACUUCACCUCUUUUCAUAGCUCGCUGAAUAUCAUCUCGCAUUGCCAACAUAACUGUCGUAGUGUUGUGACCUUUUCGGUAAGCACUAAUGGAUUGAUUAAGUACUCCAGUGGUUGUGGUUACGAAAUCAGACAUUUGGCGGAGAACGAGUCGUUCAAAGAUUUUGGAUAGGCUUGGCAGAAUGUAAAUAGGACGGAGAUCGAUAGCCAAUGAAUUGAAGUGAUUAAUUAGUAUAUGAGCAAGCAAAAUAUACAAUGUGUUUUAAACAAUAUUUAAUAUGUGGGUGUAUUUAUAUUACAAGGUUUGAUCAGUAUUCCGUGAUUUUAUUUUGUUGUUUUUGCGGAGGAAAUCGUGGAAACCCCAUAGUGAGAAUCUAUUUUUAUAGUCUGCGCGUGCGCAGUGCGAGUUUGGCUGAGUUGCGCAUACGUAUUUGCUACCAAAACAAUGGCGGUUCAAGUAUUUCGAAGCGCGAAAAUAUCAAACUUUGGAGGGAUUUUUCAACCAAUUGUGCACCUGUUUCGCUUGGGGAGCAACGGAUUCUGAUAAAGUAAGUUUUUAUCUAUUUAUUCAUGUGAAAAUUACGUAGUUACACGAGGGGUGCAACGGAAUUGAAUAUUUUGGAUGCUCAUCCUACGGCCUACUGUAGGCGUGUGGACAGAUUAUUAUCCGAAUUGUACCGGGUGUCACUGUUCGACCAUCCAAAUGAGAUUUCACGCAUAUGUUCACCAGUUGCCUGCAUUGUUGCACCGAGAUGAAAGUACGGAUAUUAGAACGAAUGAAAGACAGCCUUUUGAUCUUAAUUAAAAUAGGUGAACAACAUGCUAUUCAAUCAGUUAACUUUGCGCAGCUGAACUCAAUACAUCAAUAUCUCGCGGGGUACACCUUUUGUGUAGACAAAAAUCUAUUGAGAGACCUUUAUGGCACGCUUUUUUUGUUGGAUUAGGGAUGUCCCGGCGCGAUCUUGUAUUUUUAAAAACAGAAAAAUAUAUAUUCCGCUUACCAGUUUUGAUGUGUUGUUUUUUUUCAUCCGACCAUAUUUUAGAAAGUAUUAGCAUUUAUUAUAUAUUCAUUCGAUCGUGAUUGAUCAUGCAGUUCCCGCUCCGUACACUCACAGUUUUCUCACAAACUGCUAUUUUAUCUUCACUAAUUUCACAGCAAAUUUUUUCAUUGUUCAACGACACUAAUCGAUGACGAUACACGAUGAUGUCACUCAAAAGGGCAAAUUUAUAUUAACCAGUCUUCCUUUUAACAGACCGGUUUUGCUCGAAUCAUUUUGAAUUACAGUACGCAAUCUUAUGCGUGUUGGACGUAAACAACAUAUCUUGUCUACAACUUUGAGAAGGUACAGAUAAUUCUUUCCAUCAAUCCUUAGGUCUGACUCUAUCUCUAUAAAAUCACAAGGAUUUGUGAUUCGUUAAUGUUAAGUCUUUGGGCUAUGUCUCUCGGCUGAGAAACAAUUCCUUACAUGCGAUAAAAUGUUUUAUACAAAGAUGUAAAACGGUAAUCUUAUGUAAAUAACCAGCAUUUAAACUUCGUAAAAGACGUAAUUCAAGAGAUAGCUUAUCAUUGCAUUUGAACUAUUACAUCAGUUAGUGUUACGCUGUACGAUGAGCGAAUAUUAUUGGAAAGAGGACUUCCAUAUACGUUGAAAUCACCAAAUAAACAGCUCAUGCACACAUUUCUCCACUUCGUCGUAAGUUUACAGAGCAUAUUUUAUACUUUGGGACUGAUCAUUGUCUUUGAUGUGAACAUUUAUUCUUAGUUUAAGGUUAUUUAAGAUUGAUCCUGUCGUAAGUGUUCUACCAGCAACCGAUCGACAAUAUUUCAUUUUAGCGUUGUCUUUGCGGUUACGUUGGCUUCGCGUUAGUUUUGUUCUAAAUACCUUGAUACGUUUCAGGCCAGUGACAUAGCCAAAAGACUUCGCAUUAAUGUCCUUGUGAUUUUAUAGAGAUAUCUCUAGAACUAAGGAUUUUAGAAAGCGUUAUCUGUACUUUCUUAGUCAAAGUUGUAGACAAGAUAUGUUGUUUACGUCCAACACGCAUAAGAUACAAAACCCAAAAUGAUUCGAGCAAAAUCGUUCUUUUGUUAAAAGGAAGACUGGUUAAUAGAAAUUGGUCCUUUUGAGUGACAUAAUCGUGUAUCGUCAUCGAUCCGUGUCGUCGAAUGAUGAUUGCUGUGAAAUUAGCGAAGAUAAAAUAGCAGUUUGUGAGAAAACUGCAUGCGGGUGUACGAAGCGGGAACUUUUCGAAUUUGAACUCAGCGUGUUCGAAAGUGUUCAUGUUAGUUCCCGUAAAAAUAUUUCAGAUCUAAGAUAUUCUAAAUGCAAAUCGCUUUCUAGGCACUUUUCGAGGUCACAACACACGGACUAUACGUUAUUUACAUCACUUUCACGGCUCAUAACCACACCAACAAUUAAAACGUUCGAAGUCGUAUGGGUGUUUAAUAUCAAUUCAGUCACUCAGCACCACUUUUAGCGUUGUUUGUAAAGAAAGAUAAGUAUAUACUUUCAACAGGCAAAUAACAUCUAGUAAUUGUAUGCAAAGCAAAAUUAAGUCACCCUGUUUUCUGCCGUUGCUGUUGUCGGUUGCCAAGCUCUCAAUUUCAACGACAUUGGAUGUCUCAUGCACAUUUUACAACAUACCAUAAAUCCCAGCUAAUUAAAAUUGUUUUUGCCACUUUCCAUGACGAGAACACUUGCGUAAAGCUGGAUCGUUGUUCUAAGAUAACAGGCCUUUCAAGGUCAUCGUCAGGUAAUUUUUUCUUAUUCAUUUUGGCGAUUUUUAAAAGCACGUUUCUUGCUUCCUUCUCUUUAUUAUUUAACAAUAACCAUCGCGGUGAUUCUGGUAUCUGCCUACAAUAUUAAAAGCAAAGGUAUAUAUAUAACCAUGAUCUUUACUGAUAUUAUAUUCAGGGGAAAAUGAAUUGUGUACAUUAUAAUAAUUGGUUAUGACGCUGUUGUUGUUAAUGUUACUUCUGUCGUUGUUGAUGUGACGUUGCUGUCGUCGUAGUUGUUGUUAUAGUUAUGGUCAUUUUUGUCAUUGUCGUUCCUGGUCUCUGCGUAGUCAUAGUAUCGUUGACGUCGUCAUUGUAGUUCUCUUUCUCUAUAGGAAAUAUCCCAAUGUACUAUGUGUGGACUUUGUUAACUUACCAGACAAACAAUAAGCAAGGUAAGCUACACACAACAGUAAUAAGUAAGAACAUUCUCCACUCAGGAGUAAAGAAUCCUAUCAUUGGCAAUAUCAUUAAGCCUAGCGUCCAAAACAUAAAAUAUCCAAUGCCAAUCCAGGAACG